AAUAAAAUAAAAGUUACAUUGCGUAAAUGUAUACCAACAUAUUACAUAUAGUUUUAGAGGACUUUGAUUUCGAUCAUUAUAAUUGUAGUUAACCGUAUAGUACAAGCCACGAACUUAUUUUGAAGCGUAACCAGAAAAAAAAAAUAGUUUUAUUGACCAGUAUUUUUGCAGAGUGUAGAAGUACUCAAGGGCAGAUCCAACUUUGGCGCCAGGGGGGGGGGGUCAGAUGGUCGUGGUCAAGUUAAGAGCUUGACAAAAUAUGUAAAUAUAUUUUGUCGAGCUCGUUACCAACCAGCUCAGGGGGGAAGGUCAUGACCCCCAUAAACCACCCAUCCCCGGGAUCCGCUGUUGGAUGUACUUCAUAGUUUUUGUGAAGUGAUUUAUGUAGUGUGAGUAUGUAAACAUAUGAAACACUAUCAUUAAAUUAAUUUAAAUAAGUUAACAAUAAGCAAUUUGUGAAAUACAAGGGCUUUAUGUUAUUAUUUUAUUUACGAUAGUUUUGAACUGUCGUAAAUAAUGCCUUUUCAUUAGCGUAGUCUUUAGCUUGCCUUGUUCUAUUUUAAUUAUAAUUUGACUUUGAGUGAUUUGUAACAUCAAUCGUCAAUUGGUAACCGUGAGGUUCCACUGUUGAAAUACCUAAACAAAACAUAUAUAUUAUGUCUAUUAUAAGAUGACAGUAUUAUUUCCUACAACAAGCAAAAAUACUGGAAUGGAGCCUUGUGAAUGCGAAUAUUAUUAUGAAAUAACGUAAAUGUAUUAUACAAUAGAAUGGAAAUAAAAAAUAUAUUUUCAUACCAUAAAUACUAUCUUUUAACUUACAUUAACAUUCAAAAUAUUUAUACCAACUAAGGUCAAACAGCUCCGAGUGAGAUUAAAUUUAUAUCGCUAUACAAAAAAAAAAUUGUGCAUAAUAAAACUAGUACUUUUAAGUCCUUGCUCUAGACAUCUAGUCUUAAAUAUAAUCUAAUCAUUUUCAAACUUAUUGGACAUUUGUACAUGUCUUAAUUAAAUUAGCUGAUAAAAUGUUCACCGACAAAGUCGUGAUAAUAACUGGAGCUAGUUCUGGAAUUGGUGCAGAAACGGCUGUGGAGUUUGCAAAACUUAACGCCAAACUAGUUCUUACUGGAAGAAACAAAAUAAACCUAGGAAAUGUCGCCAAACAAUGUGAAGAAGGCACUGGAAGUAAACAAGCACCUCUGGUGAUAAUUGCUGAUAUAAACGUGGAUGCCGACGUAGACAAUGUCAUGGAAAGUACAAUAGAGAAAUUUGGCAGAUUAGAUAUUCUUGUAAACAAUGCUGGGAUUCUAGAAAGUGGAUCGAUAGAAACCACCAGUUUGGCGCAGUACGAUAGAGUGAUGAACACAAAUGUUAGGGGAGCAUAUUAUUUGACUAUGUUGGCAGUUCCCCAUCUCAUUAAAACGAAAGGGUCAGUUGUGAACGUAUCAAGUAUUGCUGGUAUAAGAUCAUUUCCAACUGUUUUAGCGUAUUGUAUGUCAAAGUCUGCUUUGGAUCAGUUUACAAGAUGUAUCGCUCUGGAGCUAGGUCUUAAAGGCGUGAGAGUAAACGCUAUAAAUCCUGGUGUAAUAUCAACCGGUAUUCAUAUGAAAUCUACCAUGAACAAAGAGCAAUACAAAGAGUUCUUGAAGAAAUGUGUCGACACCCAUGCUUUAGGGCGUGCGGGUGAGAGUAAAGAAGUUGCUUCAGUUAUAAUAUUUUUAGCCAGCGAUGUUGCCAGUAACAUCACAGGGGCUACAAUACCAGUAGACGGUGGCCGUCAUGCUAUAUGUCCUAUAGAAAAAUAAAAUUAUUGCUGAUGUUGUGGAGUUUUAAUUGACGUAUAUGGUAUCAGAUUAAUUUUUUUUUAUUUUGUAAAAUAAAAUGAGACAACAAGGUCAUUUAAAAAGGGCACACGUUCCAAUUUAUACUGGUCGAUGUACUAUUAAAAUGUUUACCAAAUAAAAAAUUUAUCAGAAAUUUUGUAUUAAAGAAUGCUUUGAAGAAUGUAAACUUGUGACUACCUCAUAAAGGUAAAUGUUUUUACAUUAAGCCAGGUAAAGUAGGCCAGUAGCGUUUUAACCACAUUGGCGUUUAAUUGGCAUAAUGUAAAAAAUAACUAGUGCCAGUGAACCUAUAUAUUCCAUGGCAUGUUUGGAUUACUGUACAACUGUUCAGUCAACUGUAUACGUAAAUUUGUAAAACUUUAUAAACCUGUAUAUCAUUUGGUUUCAAAAACAUGUCUGCCUUUAUCCGUCAAUAAUACGUCUUCAUUUGUUAUUUUUUAAAAUAUUGCUAUUUUAAUAUU